UUCCCCAACUACUAGACAUGCUUCAAUCUACACUGUUAUAAAACAGCUUCCAAAAACAAAAGAAAAACUUUCUCCUCCUCCUUAAAUGGCUUCCUCCCAACACUCCCACCCGUUCCACUGGCACUACGCCGAGCUCGAAGACCAUCACCUCCAAAUCCGUGGCCGAACCCUCUUCAUCAUCGUCCUCCUCGUCCUCAUCACCCUUAUUGUCGCCCUCGUCUUCGUUUACGCCCGAUGGGCAUGCAGAAGAUUCAAUCUUAACGCGCCGUCCCCGACUUCCCACGCGCUUCCAGAUCCUCAGCCGCGAGGGCUCGACCCUGCUGCCAUCAAUUCCUUGCCGGUAACUAUGUUCACGCUCGAGAUGGCGGUUCAGACCGAGUGCUGUAUCUGCCUUGGAGUGUUCGAAGAUGGGGAGAAAGUUAAGGUUUUGCCGCCCUGUAACCAUUCGUAUCAUCCCGAGUGUGUUGAUCAGUGGCUCAGCAGUGAGUCGAGUUGCCCGCUUUGUAGAGCUUCACUCCGAGUUGAGUCUGAUCAGCUUCAAGUUGUUGUAACUCAAUAACAACAGCGACCAAAGAGAUUAAAUUAAUACCUUUUUGUCCUAAUUUGUAUUUGUAAAGGACGCCGGUCCUUGUUGUAAAGCAUCUAUUCACAGUAAUUGUUGUGUUCCUAGUGCUCGAUGAAUUUGCUCAGUGAAUUAUUUGUUUUUCCUUAAGAAGUAAACGAAUAUGUUCAUUUGUUGAGUGAAUAAAUAAAAUUCUUUCUUA